UCAACCAGUCAUACUCCAUAAUAAUGGAAGUUGCAUGUUGUAAUUCAGGAAUGUAUAAUUUUAACUUUAGUGUCCCUUUUGUUGUGAAUUUUGUAGAGUUGCUUCCUGUCUAAAUAUAAAAUAUAUUUUUUUUUUUUUAUAUUAGGGAGCGCUUCAUGUCAAUGAUACGAGUGUAUGAUUUCCACCCAUCUGAUGUUUUUCAACCAAAAGGAAAACGUACUAUUUAUUUACUGAGUGGGAUUGUCAACUUCUUCCAGUUCAGGGAUCAUCAGAAAGAAGGUUACACUAAAAUGUGCAAUAGCCAUAAAAUAGAGGUUGAAAAUGUUCUGCAGCUUCAGAAAGCAAAUCAGGAAGCGGAGGGUAAAAUAAAGAAGCUCACAACCGUUCCCCCAGAGCAACAGGCAGAAUUUAAAGCGCUCUCCUCAGAGAUCCAUGAUCUGGAGCAGAAAAUCCUGGAAUAUCGCGUUAAAGAUGCAUCAUUCCAAGAAAAAAUGGGGCAGCGGAAAACUGAAUUUGCUGAGAAGAACAAGAAACUGGUGAGUUAUGUGCCUGGCUGA